AUGUGGAAGGGAAACUGCCCAGCGGGGGACCAGGAAGCAGCCAUUGAGGGGCCAGGUGGAGAGCUGGGGGGACCAGGAAACUGGGGUCUGGAAGAUGCCCCAGGCCUCUUGGCCAGGGCCUCCCUGCCUGUUAUGCUUCCAUGGCCUCUGCCCCUGGCCUCCUCAGCACUUACCUUGCUCCUCGGAGCCCUCACUUCCCUGUUCCUCUGGUACUGCUAUCGGCUGGGUUCCCAAGACAUACAGGCCCUGGGGGCUGGGAGCCAGGCUGGAGGUGUUAGUGGUGGGCCUAGGGGAUGCCCUGAGGUUGGCAGACCAGGCCCAAGGAGCCCUGGGGAGCCUGGAGAAGGACCCAGAGCAGAAGGCCUAGUGAGCCGUCGACUUCGGGCCUAUGCCAGGCGCUAUUCAUGGGCUGGCAUGGGUAGGGUGAGGCGGGCAGCUCAGGGUGGCCCAGGCCCUGGAGGAGGGCCCGGUGUCCUGGGCAUUCAGCGCCCAGGCCUGUUUUUUCUACCAGACCUGCCUUCAGCCCCCUUUGUGCCACGGGAUGCCCAACGGCAUGAUGUGGAACUCUUAGAAAGCAGCUUCCCUGCCAUUUUGCGGGACUUUGGGGCUGUGAGCUGGGACUUCUCAGGGACUACCCCUCUGCCUCGGGGCUGGUCCCCACCCCUAGCCCCUGGGUGCUACCAGCUCCUGCUAUACCAAGCAGGCCGGUGCCAACCCAGCAACUGCCGACGGUGCCCGGGAGCCUAUAGGGCACUGAGAGGGCUGCGGAGCUUUAUGAGUGCCAACACCUUCGGCAAUGCUGGCUUUUCUGUCCUUCUACCUGGGGCCCGGCUCGAGGGCCGCUGUGGGCCCACCAACGCUCGGGUUAGAUGCCAUCUGGGUGUGAAGAUCCCCUCUGGCUGUGAGCUGGUGGUUGGGGGUGAGCCCCAGUGCUGGGCUGAGGGGCACUGCCUCCUGGUGGAUGACUCCUUCCUGUACACAGUGGCUCAUAAUGGUUCCCCUGAAGAUGGGCCUAGAGUAGUCUUCAUUGUGGACCUCUGGCACCCCAACGUGGCUGGGGCUGAACGUCAGGCCCUCGACUUUGUCUUCGCACCAGACCCUUGA